AUGGGCGGGUGGUGGACGCGAAAAGGCGGAAUGGCCACCGGCGGCGCCCGCUCGCCUAGCGAAGUGGCCUUUGUGUACAGGACGAGCACCUGGCACGGCACUCCGAAAUUGACUGAGGCCGGUUGGCAGCGCGGACGUAUUUAUGCGCGCGCAUAUGCGGAGGGCGGGGUGGAGGGGGGCGUACCGCUCGGCUCCAUUCACAGCGCCCGCCACAACGAGUCACCCCACAUCCCGCGGCCCAUUACCCUAUUAGACCAAGGAGUCCGCAUUCCCCCAACUGGUUACCCACGAUGCGAAAUUGCAAUCAUGGGUUCCUGGUGGAAAAGUACCUCCGUGCUCCUACCAACCGUGGCAGACGGCGCGACGGUAAAAAUU